UGUUCCAGAAUUCUUGUCGGCCUACUGGCAUUCGCUAUGCUUGCGGCUCAAGCACCUUCAACAGAUGGCGCCAGAAUACUUGCAGUCUACGCAGCUGAGACCGUAAGUCACUACCAGAUGCAUCGCACCCUGAUUAGCGAGUUAGUGAAACAUGGCCAUGAGGUCACUAUGAUAACCGCAAUUACGCUGGAACCACUCAAAUUGGGCAGCAACUACACAGAGAUACUCAUUGAACCAGCGUUUGAUUCAUGGAAGUUUGUUAAGGAAAUUAUCGGGAAAAAAACCAACCUAGAAAUGGAAAAUAGUUUAUCGACUUAUUUUGAAAUCAUAAAGUAUGUGGCUGUGCUAGGUAACGAACACACGUUAAAGCAGCCAAAAGUACAGGCUCUGAUAAAUUCCAAAAAAACAGAAGGCGUUUACGAUCUGCUACUGGUAGAGCAGUUACAUCAAGAAGCCUUUCUUGCCUUGGCCCACGUCUAUAAAAUACCCGUUGUCAGUUCAGCCACAUUUGCACAACAAAACUACAUGAGCCAAAUGUUCGGCCAUGUGACACCUUGGUCGUAUGUGCCUAUGGAAUUUUUACCAUUUUCUGAUCGCAUGAACUUUUGGGAACGCGCCCUGAAUAGCUAUUGCUCACUUCGCCUUGAUUUAUUCCGUGAAUUUGAGUAUUUUCCGAAAAUGGAUGCGCUUGUACAGAAAUACUUUGGACAUUUGCCAAUUGAAUUCCCCAGUGUUUCGGCGAUGGAGAAGAAUCACUCUGCUAUAUUAAUCAAUAACUACACACCAUUAGCGUUCGCUGAACCUAAAAUGGACAACAUGAUUUUUGUCGGUGGUUUGCACAUCAAUCCACCACGAUUAAAUCUGAAGAAAGCCGAGACUGCUGGAUUUGCCGUUACUUUGGAUAACCAUACGCUCACUCAUGAUGAUUUCACGAGCGCUCUGAAUGAGGUGCUCUUCAAUCCCAAAUACCGGGAUACUGCUAAACGGUUCUCGCGCAUUUUCCGCGAUCGUCCCAUAGGUCCGCGCGAGACUUUAAUCUAUUGGAUCGACUAUGUGAUACGUCACAAUGGAGCGCGUCAUUUGCGCGCUGCUGGCAUGGAUUUGAAGUGGUACCAAUUCUAUUUACUGGAUGUUGCUGCCCUAGUUCUGGUCGCGGUUUUGGUAGCAUUCGCAGUUUCUGUUUUUGCAAUACGCUGGAUCUUGCAAAAGAUAAGGGGUGGCAAGUGUAAACAAAAAGUGCAGUAA